AUGAUUGAUCAUGUUGAGUCCUACACAGAGCCACCCAAGAUAGUAAGCAGUGAGACACUAUCUCCAGAGAGAUACCGAGAACCCGCUUUGAGUAAGAAUGAGCAAGAUGAGAUUCCCACUGUUAAAACCUUCAACUUUGAGGUAAACAGAACAAACGAGAAAAAACAAUCAACAGUAAGCUUCGAAAACAAAGUACACGGGAAGACACCGUUGAUUACGACUAAGUUAAAAGAACCAAUAAUUCAAACAAAAAGUAUCAAAGAUAUAAUAAGAGAAACUGAAGAUAACAUCUCACCGUUUGUAGCAGCAGGACCGGUAAGGGAACAAACAGACAAUUCAAGUAAUACAUCGUUCGACAAACACUUUAGCCUGAACAAAAAAUUUCAAGCACUACAACUGCAGACCGAGAGCCUAUCUCCAAAAUCAAUCCCAUCCAUUAUUGAACACAAAGAAGACAUCUCUAGCAUGAUGAAGAAUCUUCAGAGAUCGUUGGAACACAAACUUGACAAUAAUAUCCGUUUGCUCAGUGAAAAAUGGGACUUCGGUAUAAAUAUGCUGAACGAUGAGUUAAAUCUGAACUUUGACGAUAUCAAGACAGAUGUAACAAAGUUGAAAGAAGGAUUGAGGGCAUCAGAAGCCAGGAACACAUGUGGAGAUUGCAAGAACAGUCUGGAACAGAUCAUCGAAGCAUAUAGCUUGACAUGCAAACAAGUAGUGGAAAUUCAUAGCACACAUCUCAGUGAGAUGAUGUGUAGACUAGGUGAGAAGUUGGAUAACCAAGCACACCAAAUAGUCCUGCUACACAUGAACGUGACGAGGAUGAUAUCUAUGAUGAAAACACAGAACAACCUGAAUGACAAUAUAUCAGAACAAGCGUUAGGAAACAAUCCUUUUGCAGAAGCACGAAGCUGGUAUACAGUGAAAAGGAGAGGCUUAGGAAAGCGAUCAUGGGAUGAAUGGAAGAAGAUGAUCAUGGAUCACUUCGGGACACCCAUCUGGAAAAGAAAAAUGGCCACAGCAUUCGACCGAGACACAUUCAAAUGGGAGAAUAGAGAAAAACCGACAGCAUGGCUACUUAUGCAGCGUCGCAGAAUGGACGCAGCAUGGCCAUUCCUUACAAUCCGGGAGCAAAUAGAUAAAGUGCUGGGAUUGUGUAACGGAGAUAUUGAGCACGCGGUCCAGUCUCGUAUUUCGGACCAUUCAGACUUCAAAAGUUUUGUGAACAUCUUUCAGGAAGUCGUGACAAAUACCUCGAUAGGUAAAACCCUUCAGAAGACAAAAGACUACCGAAAUUAUAAUUUUUCAAGCAGGGAAAAGACAUCCAGCUUUAGAGAUUACAAAGCAAGCGAACAUCCGAAACCUACAGAGGUCGGGAAAUACAAAGACUAUAGACCGAGUAGACCUUCAGGGAACAGUCCAGCGAGAGUCUCAUUUAGAAAUGACACCAAUAAAGGUAGCAGAUUCGAGAAGAAAUCUAUUAACGUGAUAAGUAACGAAAUGGACGAAGAACAAGAUGACGAAGAAAAGACAGAGAUGUCAGAAGAGCAAGAACAUAGGGGAACGGAAUCAUCCGAUGAUGAUGAGAAUGGGCUAUGUAUAGGUAACAUCGAUAUGAUGGAUCAACACCGAGAACAAGAGUGUCUUGCAACUGUAUCAGAAGCUACAGAAGAGACCGUACAAGUACAAACUCCAACUUUGUCAAUAGAAGAUUUAGCCAAGAACUUGAGAAUAGCUGAGGAAGUUACAGCAUCAGUUAAUCCACCGCCAUUUUUAGAACGAAGAAACUUCGAUAACGCAGAAAGCAGAGCAUUCAUAGCAGUUACGAUAUCGGGUUUCAGCAGCCACAUGCUCUUGAAUACAGGCAUCGAACCCUCAAUAGCUUCGACAAAAAUCCUAAACAAGUACUGGCCAACAUGGCCAACAGAUAUGAAAACAACCGGCACAGACGAGUUGGACGUACUAGGAGAAGUGUCAAUGCCGAUUAAACUAGAACACGUAUAUAAUCCGUGCUUUCUGAUGAUCAAGUUCACGGUAUUACGGGACGACGAAUUAGAUCACUUGAUACUAGGUAGCAGAGACCUACGAGAAUUCGGAUUCUCUCUCUACCUAGGAGGUAGAACACGCUCCAAACAUUUCAAUUUCCAAUAA